AUGGACUUCUGUGCACCUAUGCCCCCUCCGCUUUCGGCUCUUGAGAGCAACCGUGGCUCGAAGCCUCGCGUCCGCAAGGACUCAGGAUCCUCCAAAUCAUCGUCGUCGUCAUCAUCAUCCUACUCAUCCGACAACGAUCUCCUCGCUCAGCUCCAGGGGUUGUCACGCCCCGAUGGGCGCACCUUCCUGCGCAAGUUUGACAAGCGUCGGGACGAGGACCGCCUCGCGAUAUUGCGAGUACUAUACCCUGCUGGUGUCCCGCGCGAUUUCCGGGACCGCCUGCUCAGUGACUACGAGCAAGCACCACUGGGCACCAUUGACACGAUAUAUGACAUCUUCAGUGCAACCAAAGGCCAUGCAGCGCGCCGCCUUGGUUUCUUCCGUCUAUGA